AGAAGGAGGAAGUAGCUUUAACCCGAGGCGGAGUAAUCCAGAGCUCUCUCUACAGGACACGGAUGCUAAACUUGAUGACGUGGUGCCGGGACGACGAUGGCCGACCAGAGCAGGCAAAUUAAACUCGCCGCAGCAAAGAAAAAGCUGAAAGAGUUUCAGCAGAAGAGUACACAAUCCCCCGUCAACCCUGGACCGAAGAAGAAGAGGAAGGUGAAAGGAGGGGGUCAGGGAGAUGCUCAGUCUGCCGACAGGCACUCGCCGGAACACGACCAUGGCGAAUUGGGGGCGCGGGAGUCCCCGAUUUCUGAGAUGCAGGAGGAUUCAGGAGAACACGGUCGCUGCUCUCCUGUUUCUAACCUACACGCUGCUACUAACACGGAGUGUCUCACUGACAUCGCUGACCUGCAGGAGAAUUGUGAACUGGAUGCCAACGGUGAUGAACACUCCCUGGAGGAAAACAGGCCGCUGUCAUCCACAGAGAGUCUGAGGCAGCUCUCUCAGCAGCUCAACGGCCUUCUCGCUGAGUCACCGUCGUCAUACGUCAAUGGCGAGACCGGAUCGUCUCCCGUCAACGAGAAAGAACUGGAGACUCGAAACCAGGAGCUGGCAGCCGCUCUGGACUCCAGCACUCUAAAAAACUCCCAGCUCACUGCAAAGAUAGAGACACUGACGAAGCAGUCUCAGGAGCUGUCCGAGCAGAUGCAGAAGGAGCGGAAGGAUUUCGAGCAGAAGUUUGCAAAGGAACAAGGGGCUAUGCGUGAACAGCUGCAGGUUCACAUCCAGACCAUCGGCAUUCUAGUGUCGGAGAAGUCUGAACUGCAGACCGCCUUGUCUUUUACACAGCAGGCAGCACGCCAAAAAACAGGAGAGGCAGAGGAACUGAAUAAUCGGCUGCACGCCAGCAAGCAGAGGGUGUCCGAGCUGGAGCGGACUUUAUCCACAGUGUCUACACAGCAGAAACAGUUUGAGAAGCAUAAUAAAGAACUGGAGAAGGACAGGGACAGCCUGCGACUGGAAAUCUUCCGAUUGAAUAAUGUGAAUGAGGAGAUGAAGCAGCAGAGCUCCGAGCUGGCAGAACAGCUGAAGUUAAAAGCGAGCGAGAGCCGCGCUCUGGGUCUGGAGCGGGACGAACUGCGCAAGCGCCUGGAAAUGGCCGACGUCAUGCUGCAGCAGUUCUCCAGUCAGUCAGGCACUCCGUCCGAGCACCAACAGGUGCAGCUACUCUUGGAAGAGAAGCAUCAGCUUGAGGUUCACACAGCCCAGCUCAUGGAGUCAGUAGCACAGCUCCAGAGAGAACGAGACCAGUACGCAGAACAGAUUCAGGAAGAAGGCCGAGUCUGGAAAGACAAAACCGAGCAGCUUCUCACUCAGGUGACUCUGAUGUCAGAAGAGAGGGACAGGAGCGCUUCUCGGAUUCAGGAGCUACUGGAACAGAUUACUGAGCUGAAAAAGGCAGCAGCUUUACUGUCUCAGGAGCAGGAGAGCCAGGCCACGUCACAGUCCGCAGGACCCUCGGAGAAGGAGCUGGCCCUGGAGGAGAGCAUCCACACUUUGCAGCAGGAGAGAGAUGCUCUCAGCUUGCAGUACCAAGCACAGGUUCGGGAUAACGAGCAGCUGAGCCGGUUGGUGCAAGAGCAGGAGACGCGGCUGGAGGAGCUGGAGAUGCAGGCGCGGCGCGCGGCCGACGAAGCUCACGACAAACUGCGCAUCCUGGAAGACGUCCAGAGCGACAAAGCCACAAUCAGCCGAGCCCUCGCUCAGAACCGGGAGCUCAAGGACCAGCUGGCCGAGCUGCAGAACGGCUUUGUCAAGCUGACCAACGAGAAUAUGGAGCUCACUAGCGCACUGCAGUCAGAGCAGCACGUGAAAAAGGAGAUCGCUCGCAAGAUGGGCCAGCUCCAGGAGGAUCUCCAUAAUGCCAAAGAGCAGAUGAAGGAGCGGAUGCAGGAGUGUUCGUCCCUCCAGGAGCAGAGGGAUCAGUACCUGGCGCACCUGCAGCAGUACUCGGCUGGCUACCAGCAGUUGGUGUCUGAACGGGAGCACCUUCAUAAGCAGUUCCUGCAGCAGACGCAGCUGAUGGACCGACUGCAGCACGAUGAAGUGCAGGGCAAAGUGCAGCUGGAGCAGAGCCAAUUACAGCUGCAGGAGGCGCAGGAGAGACUUGACCAGCUGGCCAAGGAUAACCAGCACCUUAAGACAGAAGUUCAGGAGCUACUGAACAGCUCUUCUUUAAAUACAUCACUCAGGGACCAGGGUGAUGGAGUGGAAAGCUAUUUCCUACCAGAAACCUUCCAGAAAUCGACCAUAGCCAUCCCGGAGGACUUUGAGAGCAGAGAGGAAAUGGAGGAGUUUCUGCACACUGCUCUGUCCCGUCUGGAGGAAGAGCGAGACGAAAUCAUGCGCAGGUUAGAAGAAGAGAGGAGGCUACACCAGGCUGCACUGCAGCAAGUGGCCACUACGAGUCACGAGCAUCAUCACCACAGCACGUAUUCCGAAACGGGGAGUACAGAUAGCGUUCCCGUAGAGGUGCACGAGGGACUUCGGGGCGCCAUGGAGAAGCUCCAGGAGAGAUUCACUGGCUUGAUGCAGGAGAAGGUGGACUUGAAGGAGAGAGUGGAGGAGCUGGAGCAUCGCUGCAUUCAGCUGUCCGGAGAAACCGAUACGAUCGGCGAGUACAUCGCGCUGUAUCAAAACCAGAGAGCAAUUAUGAAGCAGAGGCACACCGAGAAGGAGGAGUACAUAAGCAGGCUGGCUCGAGACAAAGAGGAGAUGAAGACGAAGUUGGCAGAGCUGCAGGAUCUGGUGAUGCGUCUGGUCGGGGAGAGGAACGAGUGGUACACCCGCUACAUGAGUGCCAUCCAUAAUCCCGACUUUACACCCGCUGGAGAGGACACCGUUCCGCCUGCAGGAACACAUCUGGAGCUGGAUGCUGUGGACGGCCCGGUAUCUAUGGACACGAGCACAGCUGUCGAUGUGGCUCCAGAUGUGCAGACGAGGACAGACGAAGGCCCACAGGACAGACUCGACCCCCCUGCCGGAUCUUCGCUGAGACCCAGAGAGGACGGCACGGCUCGGCAGAUCAUGCAGCUUCUCCAGGAGAUGCAGAACCCCGAAUCUCAGCCACCUCCGUUCCUCGGCGAGAACCCUUGCAUCCCGUUCUUCUACAGGCCCGACGAGAACGACGAAGUCAAGAUCAUGGUGAUCUGAAAGCCUCUCCAUGCCUCACUUUUCCCCGCUCUCUCACCUUCUUUUUUUUUUUUUAAUUAUUUUUUAUCUUUUUGCACAAAUAAGAGCCAACGUUAUGGAUCGCAUGAUGUAACUGGAGUUUUACUUUAAGAGUGUGUGGGCAUUCAGUGUUUUUCCUUUCGUUUACACUCAUUUUUGGCGGGUGUGAAAGCUUCUUCAUUCUUCCUUAGCCGUAGUCGAUAUUUUUAUACACGCAUAUAUCUAAUCCGAGGUUCUGCGGUUGACGUUGCUCUAUCUGCUCUGUGCUUUUAAUGGGUUCCUCCUCUCUUCUAUUUUAAUCCUCUGAACAUUAGGUGCAAUAGAAAAAAGGUCUGACCUGUUCUUACAGUGUAAGUACAUGCAAAUCAUAAGAUUGGGAAUGUAACACGAUCGCUUUUCCUCUAGCUUCUAGUAGAUGGAAUGAAUCCGCCAGCCUGCUGUUUGCUGGAUCCGUUCCGCGUCAUCCGUUCCGCUCUUCUCGGUUUAUCUGAAGUUCAAUUCGCUCCUAAGCGACUUACUAUGCAUACUUUUUUGCUUAUCUGCUGGAUUCAAAUGAAUAUCAAUAUCCACUAGGGGGCGAUAUGGGGUUUAAAAAAAAAAAAAAACGUCCAGGUCUCCAUUUGAACCAUUUUAGCAUUUUCACUCCAGCUCCUCCAUCAGUCUUGUCACAUGGAGACAUACAACCGUAGUUACGGUUCGGUCAAAGAAGCGUGUAGUUAAAAUCAACGUAACGAAGCGAAAGGGGAGGUAUUAUGGAAAAUGUUGAAGUAACGAUGUUCGGUUAGCGUUAAAACCGGAAAUAUUCCGUUCUUGUUACAGUAUGUGAAAGAGUAUUGGAUUUAAAGGGUCCAGCAAGUUGUAAGGAAGUACUAGAUUGCAAGUAGUAAAUAGUUGCGCCGCACAAUAAUGACAAAAAUACGAAUAAUCGCGUUUAUUUAGAUGAAUAUCGAAAGUACAGUAAUGGCUGGGGGUCGCGACGUCAGUUUCGCGAAGUUUCAAAGCGGAGUUAUUAAAAAGCAUUAAUCGCUUUAACCGUGCGUCCGUGCGCCAGCCCCGCGCCAGAAGAGCUCACCUGGAUGUAUAUAAUCUUUAUCGAAGUGUUUCCAAAUCCCCCACAGAAUUGCUGUAGAUGUAGAGAAAUGGCUGCUUUUUUUUUUUUUUUUUUUUUUUUUUUUUUUUU